AAGUGGGGCCCACAUCGCCAAGCUAUAUCAGCCGUUCGAUGAAAGCCCCCUCUUCCACUUCAAUCGACUUCGCCCAUUCCCAUUGACCAGCUACAGCUACCCCUCCGCUUUCUAUCUAGGUCCGAAAGUGAUUCCGGUUCUUCGCCGGCGGAUUGUGCAGUAAUCGAUCCGAGGGUUCCGGUUGAGUUCCACAGUACGAUCCGUUGGAGAAGAUAUUGCUGUCUGCAGAACUUCUAAUUCUACAUCUGCAGAAAUCUGUGAAUAUGAGUUUAAAGAACUCAGAGGCUAAUGGUUCUCUAGAGAAGGCACUGUUUGAGGAGAAGAGAGCUAAGAUCAGUGAAGUGAGAAAGCUGUUGGAACCAGUGCCAGACAAAUUGUUGCUUUACUGUUCUGACGCUUCUAUUGCAAGAUAUUUAAGGGCAAGAAACUGGAAUGUGAAGAAAGCAGUUAAAAUGUUGAAGGAAACAUUGAAAUGGCGCCUUGAAUACAAACCUGAAGAUAUACGCUGGGAUGAGAUAGCUCAAGAAGCUGAGACUGGAAAAAUUUACCGAUCUAAUUGCUUUGACAAGUAUGGGAGAAGCGUUCUUGUUAUGAGACCUGGUUGCGAGAAUUCUAAAUCAACCAAGGGGAAGAUCAGGUAUUUGGUAUACUGCAUGGAGAAUGCUAUCUUAAAUUUGCCAUCUGACCAGGAGCAAAUGGUCUGGCUGAUUGAUUUUUGUGGGUACAAUAUGUCUCACUUAUCAGUUAAGGUAACAAAGGAGACUGCUGAUGUCCUUCAAAAUCAUUAUCCUGAAAGACUGGGUUUAGCUAUUUUGUACAAUCCGCCAAAGUUCUUUGAACCAUUCUGGAUGGUGGUUAAACCUUUUCUAGAACCCAAAACUUCCAGAAAAGUUAAGUUUGUAUACUCCGACAAUCAAGCCUCCCUGAAAUUAAUGGAGGAGCUCUUCAACAUGGAUGAACUCGAAAAAGCAUUUGGUGGAAAGAAUGAAGCAGGAUUUGAAAUCAAAGAAUAUGCAAAGAGGAUGAGAGAUGAUGAUAAGAAGAUGCCUCUGUAUUGGUCUCAAGGAAACAGCAAAACUUCUGUUGCUGCAGAGAGAUCGGCCAUGGCCGAACCUUCUUCAAGUUCUCUUGAUAUCUCUGAACUGAAUUCUGAUGAAUCCCACGCAGCAAAUGGCGAAGAGAACUCAUCUUUUAAGCAAAUUCUGACAAAUGGGGAUGGAAAAUCAAUAGGCGACAAACAAGUGGAGCAACUUCCUCAAGAGCCCAAGUAAGCCAAAAGUAGUCUUGAGUCUGGUUUCCUAACUUCUAAUCUCUUUUCAUCUCAACAAAAAUGCUUGAAACGAGCACUUAAUGAUAAGCUCAGCAGGAUUUUCUUGUUACUUUUCUUCCCCUAUCAUUCUUUUGAUGGGUCUAUGAGAAUAUUCCUAUGCACCAUAUCUGCUGAUGCAUAGCAUUUGUCAUACAAAAUUGCCUAUGAUAAUGUCAUAUGAAAUUUUCUUGGAAUGUGGGAAGGCAUUUUUGUUCUUCUU